AGGAAGAAGAAGCUGAAAAGAGGAACAAAUCAGAAGUGUAAAACAAACACAAAAGACAUAAGGUGGAUGUGAGGACAGGUUGCCAGGGCAUGAAGUUUUGUUCACUAUUCUGACCAGAUGGCAGGACUCUGCGGGUGCUGAAAUUUCAUUAGCCCGACUGCUUUAAGUUGAACCCCGAUCAAGGUGUCCUGUGACUCCAGACGGCCAUGUGGUGGAUCCAGCAGGGCCUCAGCGUCCUGCCCGUUGCUCUGGUAACAUGGACCGCAGCCACCUUCAUCUUUGCAUAUAUCACAGCUGUGACCUUGAGACAUGUGGAUCCUCUCGUGCCCUACAUUAGUGACACUGGAACGGUCGCUCCUGAAAGGUGCUUGUUUGGACUGAUGCUGGAUGUGUCUGCAUUCCUAGGCUUGGCGAACACGUACGUCCGCUACAAGCAGGUGCAGGCUCUCCUGGGCCCGGAGGAGAGGUCCCUCCACAAACUGAACAAGCUGGGCCUGGUCCUGGGCUCCAUCAGCUCCUCUGGCAUGUGUGUUGUUGCAAACUUUCAGAAAACCACGCUGUUCUUCAUGCACAUCAUGGGGGCUGUGAUGACCUUCGGGGUGGGGGCUCUGUACAUCUUGAGCCAGACUCUGCUCUCCUACCACAUGCAGCCUCACGUGCACAGCAAGACCAUCUUCACAGUCCGUCUCAGCAUAGGAGUGUGGUCCAUAACCAGUAUCAUCAUCAUGUUUGUUUCAUCUGUUAUCAUGUACAGCAGUUUGCCUGGAGUUGAUGUAGCUCACAAACUACACUGGAUCCCAGGGGAGACGGGCUAUACUGCACACAUCAUCAGCACAAUCUCUGAAUGGUCCCUUGCUUUUGCCUUCGUCAGCUUCUUUUUAACCUACAUCAGAGACUUCCAGAAAAUAAAUUUGCGGGCAGAGACGGAUCUACAGAGUUAUCAUCUGUAUGACUCUCUCCAAGAAGCCUCGUCAGCAAACCAUUCAGAGGCCUCAGCACUAUUGGCAGGAAGUAUUUGAGAUACUUUUAAUUGUAACUUUUCUUGGAAUAUAAAGCAUUAUUUGAACAUUACAAUGUUUACCGCCCCAUGGCAUUAACCAGAUUGCCUUGUUUUUAUAUUGAAAUAUAGACUUUAGCGUUGUGUUACAAAGUGCAUCUACAUUUAUUUUGAUGUUUGCUAAAUGUUACUACACAAUGGGUGUAAAUAUAAAGAUGUACUUUGACUAUUAAAAUCUUGUGAAUGACUUUCAUAUAUGUUUUGAUGGAAGCAUUGGGCUGCUGGCCCAGAACUUUGGGGUAGGCUACCCAAUUCAAUAUUAAUUUUUUUCAGAAAAUAUUUCAAAAGGCAGUUUUUUAUAACUUAAAGACAUAUACUGAGAUAUCUGUAUAUCCGAUUGUUUAAUUCCUUUAAUUAUAAGGAUGAAUUUGUUUAAUUCAUCCUUGUGCGUCUAAGGGCAGUUCCCUGGUUUAGCAUUUGCUCUCCUUUAGCCACUUUGACUUCGCUUGGCAGAGGGACUUUAGCCUGUUGGGAGGCUACACUAAUACACUUAGGUAAUUUUCAAAGUUUUCCGAUACUUCUGUACUCUUUUCCGCAUUGUGAUUAGGCAACCUUUGUUGUACCACUGAUCCUCCGUGUAGCAUACUCAGACGGCCAGGGCGCAAUAGAGCCAUGGACAUAAUAAAGGAUGGACCACAGACUGGAAAAUGGCCGCCCAUUCAUUCCUAUGCAAACUGCUCAGUGGCGCAGGGUAACAUACAGGAGCGAUUUGCUUCCGCGGUAUGUGGCCAGGACACGUGACCUAGUCCGUGACGUACCGGAUGCAGAAAUAUAGAACUGAUACCGUAAUGCACCGCUUCUUUGUCUUUGGAUCUUUUGAAUAAAUGGAUCAAUACAUGAUGAAUCACAAUGAUCGCAAGCAGAGGACCGUGAGAGUUAUUGAGCAGCAGAUUAACCAGUCCAAAAAUCGGACACGUUAACGGAGCACUGAACUAGGCCAUCUCGGAUGCCAUUUGUUUCACGAGGACUCCUUUCAGCUGCACACCCCUCUUCCCCAGCGAGAUAACGGCUAAUAAAACGCUUGAGGUGAUGUUUUGAAAAGAAAAAACGUACAUUUUUUUAGGACAUGGCAUGAAGGUAAUUAUGAGCCUUUGAUUGAUAUCCAGACAUUUUUUGAGGAGACACAAUCCUGUUCCCCACUUGUAUUGGAGUGGACGGCGAUAUCUACUUCUGGGCCGCCUGAAAUGACGGACCCCUGUCCACAGCCAGCUUAAACAGCUGCAAAACCAGGCUUGGCUUCUGAGCACUGGUGGAUUGCGGAAGUAUGCGCCUAUCCUGGGGGCCUGAGUAGAGCUCGUAAGUCGCCAUUGCUCAUGGGACCUAUGAGACCGAAAAAAAUUAAUGGGAGUCAAUGGAGAGAAAGUAAUUAUUUUCUGAUCCCAGUCAUUAAAGGCCUUGGAUUACACAUAUGUUUUGUGUGGGUGACGUCUAAAUAUUUAGUCCCAGGAGCGGCGUGCUGCGCCGCGGCGCUAUCUUUCCGUCCGGCCUAUCUCACAACUUCCUGGUUCGGCGUUCGAUUUUGCCUUCACCGGGUAAAGGGACUUCCGGUCGAGUAGUCCAUGAUAUUUGACGAUGGCGCAGUCAAAAAACAAAAGCUUCGGUUGUGUACCUCUAUGCGCCAAUUCAAAACAAAAAAAACUAUUUACAUUUCCACGACUUCCCGACUAAUACCCAAUACAACAGUGGGUCAGGGCGAUCAGACGGGAUGAAGGAAUUAAUUUCGUAAUUCAGAAUGGGGAGUACACUGGGGUCUCAUUUAUAACCGUUGCGUACGCACAAAACGGGGCUGAAAGUUGCGUACGUGACUUUUCACGCCAAGGUUGUGAUCUAUAAAAAACCAACUUGACGGGAAAAUGUGCGCAGCCCUAAGCAAACUCUGACCCAUGCGUACGCAUGGUUUGGAGGAAAAGGAGAAUUGGCGACACAGACUGUGUGGUGGUGAACUGAAGUCAGACCGAAGAAUUGCAGAGUGACUGUACGUCCACACCAGGAGCGACCAUAGCGUCAAAGACGCUUUGGUCGCUCACAAAGUUUCGCUGCGAAUUUUUCUGUUCGCUUUGGUCGCUCAAGUCGCUCAUGACGUACAAUUCAAUUAUGCAGACGCAUUUAAAGGAGCCGUAUGCGUUUAGUAGGCCAUACAGACAGCCAUAUCAAAUAGUGAACUCUCCCAUACACCUUGGCCAUAUUGCCGAGACGGUUUUGCAUGUUCGAUAAAGUGCUUCGACAACAAGUAGGACAGUGAUUCCCCCCAAUAUACAAAAAAUCCUAAAAUGUUGGCUAAUUACAACCGAGAACAAAAAACCCUGCGUGCUGUAGUAGUUAAAAUAUGUUUCACUGAUCUGGAUCUGCAAAUCAUGAUCUGCACUCAUUCGUCGCAUUCAAAACAAAUAGACAUUAGCGCACAUGGCUAAUUUGCAUACGUGCACAGGACUGGUUGGCUCCGCAAGGCAAAUAAUGGAACAUAUAUCUAUCUAGGCCUUUCUGUCUAUCUAUCUAUCAAUGCGUGUCUAGUUUUAAUGUGAUGUAUUGUGUGUAUGUCCAGUCAGACUUGUUCUGUGUGGUCUUGUAGGCUACUGUCCUGUGUGGGACGAACCACCUAAAUGGAUUCCUGACGAUUUGUGUUGUUUGGUAUUAAUAAAGACUUGACUAUCUAUCUAUCUAGACUAUUUAAUUAAAAAAUAUUCACCUCGGGCUCCGUGAAUAGUGGGGAAUAGAGGGAGAAAUUACAAGGGAUAUAUCUCUUGUCUUUUAUCCCUCUAUUCCCCACUAUUCACGGAGCCUGAGGUGUGAGCCUCGUCUUGUCGAUUAGUUUGUUUAUGUGACGAUUUCAAAAACUUUUUUGGUUUUGUUUAAAGCAUGCUACACGCGAUUGGUUGGUUAGAUUGGUGGCAUGUAGAGCAAAUUAUAAUGAUUCCCGCUUAAAUACGAACGUUCUAUAUGUAGCCUAUAAAUACUCCCGCUUAUCAUCACUUGAUAUCCAAACCACUAUGGCGUUUCGAUCUCUGAACUGAAAAAGGGUGGGUUCGUACAACACCGGGUGCCCAGUUACAGCCGCGAUUAAUACUUCAGCCGACAUUUUGUUCAGUGAGUGAAUAAAGGUAGGUAGGAACCAAAGUGCCUGCCGAUGUUCCCUGGGAUCCACGCAAGCGAAGAGCGUCUACAUUCCGAUUGGCUGUCAGUGUUUGGCCGCUGAAGCGAAUAAUAGUCAUUUGCAUAAAGUUAAAAAGUUUUCAACUUCUUUUUGACGCUCUGGUCGCUCAACUUUGGCCGCUGGUAGCGUUGGUCGCUUUGGUCGCUCUUGCCCAUAGAAAGUGAAUGACUUCCGGCGAUUUGGUCGCUCAUUUCGCUUCUGGUGUGGACGGACAGUGAGAAGAACGAUUAUGUUUUAUCAUCGCCCUUCAUCAAUUUAAUUUCAACCCGUAUCAUGCGUUAAAUCCUAAUCAGAAUAAUUUAAAUCCACUGCGUUAUUUCUCAGUUAUAACUCCAGAAAUAUCUCCUUAGAAUAGAAAUAAAAAAAUUCUCUAUAUUUAAUCCCGUCACUCCAUACUGUCCACUGACGGCGCGACUGCAUGGAAUAAAGCAUCUGUCCAACAUGUGUCAAUAACAUAAUAUUUUUAUGUGACACUGUAAACACAUGAUCAAAUGUCAAUUAAAUCCCAAGUGUGAAAAACCAAGCCACACUCAUCACAAUCGUUGUCCGUUACUCUUGAUGCUUUUCAUGACAAAUCAGGCAUUAUAGGCACAUAGUAAAAUGUUCAAGAACAUUUUACGUGGGUAAUUACAAACUGAUUAUCCAAGGCGUUCUCGUCAGUCUUAUUACCGUAACCCUAUAAAUACAGAGGUGAGCGCCGUGGUAAUGCUGCACCAUAUGGCACUUCUGGCGGACCAUGCAGGAUUCGGAGGGAGAGGGUAUUUAGGGACCAUAACGAUUUAUUGGUAGGCUACAUAAAAAUAUGUAACUAUGUCAGACCACUUCUUUUUUAAUUCUGGGACUGUGCGCUCCGUGCUACUGACAGAGUUCACUGCUUCAGCAACAUGUUGCCACUCACUCUGCUUUUUGUUGUUGGCGAUUCCAAUCCCGUGACCGCCGAACAAAACUACCUUUCGGGCCUCCAUCUCACCCACAAGUGUCUUCACUUCAACCUCCGUGAAAUAUCGCUUUUUUGAUUUUCUCAGUACUUCUGCCAUUGUUUCCAACAAGACAUAAUACCGGCAUCUGAGUCUGUUUAAAUGCAGAUCGCAUUCAUGAGGUCAUUUGCAUUGACCAUUUAUGGUUAAAAAGGGGCGUUUAGAGGGCGGAACGUGAAGCUGAUUCAGCUGCGCACAAUUAUAGUCAGUAUGUGAUUUAUAAAGCAAAGAUUGCGUACAGGUGUGCGUACGCAAAAAAGAAGUGGACUCGUCUGACAUAGGCCUAAAGGUACAUAUUUUUAUGUAGCCUACCAAUAAAUCGUUAUGGUCCCUAAAGACCCUCUCCCUCCGAAUCCUGCCAUUUGCAUGGUCCGCCAGAAGUGCCAUAUGGUGCAGCAUUACCACGGCGCUCACCUCUGUAUUUAUAGGGUUACGGUAGACUGACCGAGAACACAUCAAGAGUAACGGACAACGAUUGUGAUGAGGAGUGUGGCUUGGUUUUCCACACUUGGGAUUUAAUUGACAUUUGAUUAUGUGUUUACAGUGUCACAUAAAAAUAUUAUGUU